AUGGAAAUUGUAGUGGCAUUUUCAAAGGUAAAUUUGGAGAGUUCUAUUACAGCGUUUCCAACGUAUGAAUGGCUCUCGAGAAGGAAUCACAUAUUCAAAUCAAAUUAUCACGUAAUUCAAACUGAUAUUGCAGUGAUAAAUUGUUCCAGAAGUCUCAUGGAUACUAGACAAAGGAUAGAUGAUGCAUAUAAGAAAAGGUUGCAGAAAAUCAAAUUUAGAAGUGUUGAGAAUCCUUUCCAGUUUGCCAUUGCAGGGAAGAGUACUAGAAUCAAGAUCCACCCACUAAAAAUUGUCCUGAUUACCAUUGUUCUUGGAACACUUGUAACAAUUCUUUCAUCUCCACCAGUUUAUCAACAGAAAAGUAUAUUCCACAACUUUUCCAGUUUUAGUGCACGGCCCUUCGAAUUCGAGUCAGAUAUUCUUCCAUUGCAGGCUUUAAACUCCCUUGAACUUGUAGAACACAUAGAAGCCCCGUGCUUUUGUUCAAAAACAUUGUUCGAGAACUUGUCUUAUAUAUUGAAGCCACAUUUUGUGAACAGGUGGAUAUGGGGCGAGUUGGAUCCUCGAUACGUAUCACAUUUAGACAUCAAUUGGCAUGAUAUUUUAAGAGCACUGGAGCAGUUACCUGAAGAUAAUAAGAUUCGACGAGUAGGACUUCUCAAUUUUGAUGAGAGCGAAAUCCAUCAAUGGAAACAGCUUAUUCCCACGGCUAAUCACGAAGUUCUACACCUGGAUUAUGCCCAGAAAAACAUUACUUGGGAUUCCUUGUAUCCUGAAUGGAUUGAUGAAGAACAGGAUGACAUAGUUCCUAGUUGCCCUCGUCUAUCUAACCUUAAAGUCCCAAGACAUCGCCCUGAUCUUGUUUCUGUCAAACUCCCUUGUCGUAAUAAAGUGAAUUGGUCGAAAGAUAUUGCUCGACUACACUUGCAGAUAUCAGUGGCUGGUUUAGCUGCCUCUUGCAAAGGUAGAUACCCUGUUCAUCUUCUUUUAAUUACAAAGUGCCCGCCGAUACCAAAUUUGUUCACGUGCAAGGAUCGAGUUGUUCGUGUUGGCAACAUGUGGUUAUAUAAACCGAACAAGGAUGUGCUUAGAAAAAAGCUUCAGCUUCCAAUAGGAUCAUGUGAACUUGCACUUCCCCUUGGAGCCAAAGCACAGGAUUACACCAGAAACGGGCAACGAGAGGCUUCCGCUACCGUCCUGCACUCGGCCAAUGUCUAUGUGUGUGGAGCCAUAGCUGCAGCCCAGAGCAUCCGCAUGGCUGGAUCCACCAGGGAUCUCAUUAUCCUUGUCGAUGACACAAUCAGCGAAUACCACAAAAGUGGACUCGAAUUAGCAGGCUGGAAAAUCCGAAUAAUACAAAGAAUCAGAAAUCCUAAGGCCGAAAAAGAUGCCUACAACGAAUGGAACUACAGCAAGUUCAGAUUAUGGCAACUUACAGAUUAUGACAAAAUAAUCUUCAUCGAUUCCGAUCUGCUUAUUCUCAAAAACAUCGAUUUCUUGUUUUCGAUGCCAGAAAUCUCUGCAACGGGGAACCAUGGAACACUUUUCAAUUCUGGAGUAAUGGUGAUUGAGCCAUCGAAUUGCACAUUCCAGUUUUUGAUGGAUAAUAUUAAUGAAAUUGAAUCAUAUAAUGGUGGAGAUCAGGGAUACCUGAAUGAGGUUUUCACAUGGUGGCAUAGAUUUCCAAGGUAUAUGAAUUUCUUGAAGAAUUUUUGGGUUGGGGACGAUGAAGAAGUAAAGCAGAAGAAAAUUCGGCUUUUCACAGCAGAACCACCGGUUAUUUACGUUCUUCAUUAUUUGGGUAACAAGCCAUGGAUGUGCUUUCGUGACUACGACUGCAACUGGAACACAGAUUUCCUACAAGAAUUCGCAAGCGACAUAGCCCACAAGAAGUGGUGGAAACUUCACGACUCCAUGCCAGAAACACUCCAACAGUUUUGUCUAUUGCGAUCAAAACAAAAGGCUCAGUUGGAAUGGGACAGAAGGCAGGCUCAAAAGGCAAACUAUUCUGAUGGGCAUUGGAGAAUCGAAAUAAAAGAUGAACGCAUUGACAAGUGCAUUGAUCCUCCGCAUAAUUGCAACUGGCGAGGCAUGUUGAAUCAUUGGGGAGAGACGCAACCGGCAAACAGUGCAAUGCCUAUUCCCACUCCACCUGCAAUAAAUAUAAGCUCUUUGGGAUUUUAA